AUGGUUAAAAGCAGGAGAGCCGCAGUAGCGGCGGCGACAGGUGUAGCAGCAGAAACAGCAGCAAAAAAUGCAGAUGCGGGAAGCCCCCCCCUUUCGGCCGCAGUAAAGCCAGCAUACAUACCCCUUUCUACGCGCAGGCAGCAGGCUGCAAAGAAAUUACCGUCUGAACCCCGACAAGAGGCAUCGCUCGCCACAGGAUCAACGCCACAGUUUCAUGCAGCCGACCGCACGCCGCGUCCAGACAACCCCACCCCAGAGUCGAGGGAGAGAGAGUGGAGGCAAAGCUGCGCACAGCAGCCUCCCGAAGGCUCUGCUGCUGCCCGUGACAACGUUCCAGUGGAUGCGAGAGGGCGCUUACGAACGGUUGGCAGAGGCGGGAAAGAGCUGAGAGCGCCUCUUCCAAGAGCGCCAAGAUCCUCGAAAAAGCCUCCCCCUCAGACAGCACGCACAGCGCCUGCCCGGCGACCGUAUCAGGCGAGGGAGCGUGCUGCACUUGCUGCUGCCCUUGCUGCUCCUGCUGCAGUCGCUUCUUCUUCAGCAGCAGCAGCAACAGACAGACAACCCGCAGCUGCACCUGGAAGUGCAAGCGACACGGUUCCGCAACGAGGUCCAGCAAGCGCUUGA